GACAGAGAACAGUCGGCGAUAUAGAGCACCGUAGGUAGCCAGUCGCGCUUAAACGGCGCCCAGACGCGGACGUGCCCGCUAGUCACGUGAUCUAGUCGAUAACAAGCCAUAAAUCACCUGAGGGCUUCGAUAGGUAUCGAGUUGGGAGGUGGACGGAGACGACAGAAGAGGGUGACGCCAAGUGAAUCGUAGGUGUUGUGGUGCGCGAGGGUUGUUAUCCUUCUGAAAGGAUCUGGCAUCCCAGGUGGAUCAUUCGGUGACGAGGGGAUGAAGGGAACGCAUGGUGAGAUGGAUGGGGGAUGAGAAUAAGAGAGCAAGGUGGAAAGUGAAGGUCGGAUAUUCGCGGAGUGAGCUUUUGACGAGGAAGGGGUGCAGGAAGACUCCAGGAAGGAUGUGUUGAGGUGGAUUGGUGGUGGACUUAGGGGUGAGAUUGAGGUAGGGAGAAGGUGGAAGAGAAUUCCUAGGUGCAGAGACCAAGGAUAUCAGCAGCAUUUUGUUGGUGAAGAAGAAGAAAGGACUCUUGGAAGGUGUCGAGUGAAUCUUGGGUGCAGCGACUGACCCUAUCAUCCCUUUGCUAACAGAGGUGGUGAAAGAGAAUUCCUGGGUGCAGAGACUGAGGAUAUCGUCCUUGUGAUAGGGAAGAAGGUGGAGGACUCUUGGGAGAACGUGUCAAGUAGGUGCUGUGGAGUGUCAAGAUUUUGUUGGUGAAGAAGAUGAAAGGACUCUUGGAAGGUGUCGAGUGAAUCUUAGGUGCAGCGACUGACCCUAUCAUCCCUUUGCUAACAAAGGAGGUGGAAGGACUAUUUGGAACACGUGCUAAAUCCUAGGGUUAUUGGUUGCUGAAUCUAUUCUAGUUUCUUGCUUUCUGCUAGGAAAGGAGGUAAAAGGACUCUUGGAAGAGGGUGGCAAGGGAAUUCUAAAUGCUGUGAUGUCUGUCACCAUUUUGUUGGGGUAAAAAGACUAUGAGAAACAGGUGUCAAGUGACUCCUAGGUGUUGCGACUGGCUCUAUCCAUCCAUUUCUAACAGAGGGCCUGGAAAGACUCUUGGAGAAGGGUGUCGAGUGACUCCUAGGUGGAACUAACUGACUCUAUCAUCCUUCUGUUGACAAAGGAACACGUGUUGCAGUGGGUUGAGGUCUCAGCUCCCGACGCUAGGCAUCUACCUUUGAAAAGACACAGAGAUUAACCAAUGAAGACACGUAGUCUUGCUUAGGACAUAGAGAGGCCUGGGGUCAGUUUUAAACUCCCUUGCAGGCUUCCUUCAUAGAAGGAUAAAUAGAGUGCCUCCUGGACAUUAGCUGGUCCUCACUUUAGAUCUCUUUAGAUCUCUAAUUAGAACUCUACAGGUUCCAGUGAUCCUCUACAACCACCCUUCAUCGAAGUCCUUCAUUUCUAACAACCUAACCACCCGGAAUGGAGUAACAAGCUUCGAUUUCUAUUGAAAUCCGGCUAUUCGAGGCCGAGGUAUGAAACUAAGGACCACCAACCUAGCAGAAGACUCUUGAAUUCGGCUUCGAUCCUGUAGGUCUGAAAGGAACGCUUGCGGAAUUCCUUGGCCUGAAAGGUCAACCCAACAGUCCUCCGAGAAUGAAAGGUCUGACGCCUUAAUAAAAAAAAAACAGAACAGAGAAUAAAAGGCUCGAACAAUUGCCAAGCAUUCUUUUGAAGAGCAAUCCUUCCAGCUGCGAGAAGAAGGGGACAGCGAACAGCGGGAGGGUUCAGCAAGCCUGUGUCUUUCGUUGUUUGACGUUGAAAAUCUGACGAAGAGUAGUGACUUCGAUCUGUGCGCAGAAAGACCGAAAACUUUACGAAUGACAUCAUAGUUUCCUGCAGGUGGCAGAAUGAGCUAUCGAUCUUGGGAUUAUGGUAAGGAAGACAACAGGUAGCUUCGGUUAGAGUCUUAAGUAUCUCGAGCACACCUGGGAAUCAGUGAAGAGUGUCACGUGUGGUUGGACAAUCCUCAAAUUGAAGAGGAAUCUAGGAACCUAUUAAAUUAGGGAAGAGUCCUAGAAGAGCAGCUCUAAACAGUCUCUGGGGGAAUUAUCACCAUCUAAUAGGUGGCUAGGAGAUGUAAGUUAAGAGAAGAGGUGUAAAAAUUAGAGAGAAGUCCUAAUAGAACAAGCAGUGUUCGUAGUCAGUGCUCGGUACUCUAGGAAGCUUUAAAUGAGUUCAUACCAAAUCGGUAAAAACAUACUUGACGUAUCUUGUCACCGAGAGGUGUAUCAAGGACCGGGAAGAGGAUUGCUGUUGCGAAAGCCAUAUCAUAAGCUUCAAGGGGUCUACAGAGGCCAAGGGUAGUGACACAUACCUGAGAAAUUCUCAACUCGAAAAAAUCCUCAAAACAAAAAUCAAUUCUGACUACUUUCAAGCUAUUAUCAACAUCCACCAGAAUCCACGUGCGACAGUCAAGCCUUCAACGUACCCAACAGAAUUCACUCCACCUUCGGAGAUAUUCUUGUAUUUCUACAAAGGGCAGUACUUGACCAACUCGUCUGUUUCGUCCAAGUUUCUGUUGCUAUACGCGCGAGGAUGAUGCUGAUCCGGCAAUAGAGCCCGAGAUCAGCGAGUGGUCAAUCGUUUCUUGGGAACCUGAACGUUUACGAGCCUCGAGUAGCGAAAACAAGUCUGCCAGGUGGGAAGACGACAGGCAGCUCUGUGACUCGUCCUUUCUUUUUUUAGGGACUGAGCUGGAAAAGUGUGUACGUAUUAAGCAGGUGUUAACGUUGGAUUUUGAACAUUGUGGAGGACUCGGGACUCUUUAUAGUGGAGAGACUAGGGAUGAUAAUGUUUCAUUGGUUGGAAUAUUGAAGUUUCCACGUGGAAUCGUCAUUGCCGUUCUGCUGGAGAUUCUUAAGGAGAAUUGCUGAGGUUUUGGAAACUUAAGGGAGGCUUUGGAGGAGCAGAUUUGAAGGAGGACCUCUGAUAGCUGAGCGGGGAUCGUUAAAGUGCAAUUAUUCAUGCGCCACCUCGGAACACAGCAAACUGACAUUAUGGAUCCCUACGAGAACAUUGAUUUCAAUCAUCCGAGCAGCCAUCAUCUCCAGAGACACAUACUGAUGAAGAAGGAGAAUGAGUGCAACGUAGAAAGGACUUCAGUUGUGAACACAAGCAAACAUUCACAAGGCUGGUGUCCUGUAUUUUGGGACACAAUACUCUGCUGGAACUCGACGCCACCUGGAGAACUCGCUGUUAUGCGCUGUCCACCAUACAUAGCUGGCUUUGAUAGUGAGGCGAAUGCAUCGAGACAGUGCAUGCCUGACGGCCAGUGGUUUUGGAACGACGCUACCAAUGCCACGUGGACCAACUACAGUCAGUGUUAUCCGGAUUCGUUGGUACCCUAUGUGAUCAAGGAUUUCGACAGCGAAGGAGGCAACAAUCAAACUUUGACUAUGAGAUUCUUGCCGAUACUGAAGACCGUCUCAACGGUCGGUUACACCGUUUCCUUUUUCACUUUGGUGGUGGCGUUCUUCAUUUUGGCACUGAUCAAGAAAUUGCGAUGUCCCCGAAACGUCCUCCAUAUGCACCUGUUCGCCUCGUUCAUGCUGAGAGCGUUCAUGGCUCUGAUAAAGGGCUUCUUGUUCGUGUCUGGGAUCGGCCUGGCGACGGAUAUGACGUUCAAGGAUGGUAAAAACUAUUGGCUGGGAGAUGAGAACAACGGUAGUUGGCUGUGCAAGGCGUUCACCAGCUUGUGGCAGUAUUUUAUACUCGCCAAUUACUUUUGGAUACUGAUGGAGGGACUAUUUCUGCAUAAUUUGGUGUUUUUCGCGCUGUUCACCUACGCCAACUCCAAUAUUACUAUCUACGUGUGUCUUGGAUGGGGCCUGCCAGCAAUAUUCGUGUCUUGUUGGAUCGUGAUGAGAGUCAUACUCGAGGAUAACUACUGUUGGACCACUCACGAGAACCGUAAUCUGUUUCUCAUUAUUCGAGUGCCUACAAUGUUGUCUGUUCUGAUCAAUUUCGUGUUCUUCGUGAACAUAGUGAGGGUUCUCCUACUGAAGUUGAGAUCGACGGUAUCCGAGGAAACUCAACGAUACAAAUGGGCGAAGAGCACUCUGGUCUUGGUGCCCCUCUUCGGGGUGCAUUACACCGUUUUCUUGGGGAUGUCUUACAGCAUGGGCGUUAACGAGACUGUUGAGGUCGCCUGGUUAUUCUGUGAUCAAUUAUUUGCGUCGUUCCAGGGUUUCUUCGUGGCCGUUUUAUACUGUUUCCUGAAUGGCGAGGUUAGGGCCGAGGUGUCCAGAGCCAUCAGGAGCCAACGGCUUCCUCGUUUCCGUCCCAGAUGGCUUUCCAGACCGUCGACGUACUCCGGAAGCACGUGCAGUUGCAACGUAGCCAAGAUCGACAGACGCUCGAAGAGGCAGCGAUGGUGGACGAGCCCUUGGUCCCUUCACGAUAGGGAUGCUCGACGCUCUACUCACUCGACGGCGAGUACACAAGAUAUUGGCACGCGAGGAGGUAGUCUAGCGAGCAGUAGAGGCUACCUGGAAAUCGCAGGAAACGGACAGAGUGCACUUCCGGGUAACCAAAGUCAACGAAACAGUCAUUCGCCACCCCUCUAUAGCAAGUACACGGAUCAGUCGUUGCUUUCAUUCUGCUCUAACGUCUCAGAACUGACCCCAUGCACAGGUAUGAAUGUUGACAGAGUACGCGACCAUCAUCGUUGGAGCGACUCAGAGUGUUGUCAUUUAGCUUACGAGCUGCACAACUUGCACCACGGGCCACCAUGAGACUUCAUAAACCACCGAUAUAGAUUUAGUACAAUCGUUGCAUACCAAAGACGAAUCACCACCGACUGAUCAAUGAAAUAAUUCAAAUUUAACACUCUGCGCUCCAGAUUGUUUAAUUCCAGUGCAUUUUUGUAGAGUCACGUUCGACAUGGGACUACGAAGGGGAAAUGCAUAUGAACAUUUCGUUAUUUUUAUUGAAAAUACACAGACACUGUAUAAGAAACUUAUAUUUUAAACUACAUGUGACUUCUGUGUUUUUUGUGUCACUGUGAACUGAUGGUACGGCGUGGGUCGAAUGUGAGCGUAAGUUUGAUCGUUCUGGUCAAGUAUUAACUUGUACUUUCUUAUUAUGUGCCUGAGUAAUUUAAACAGUUGUAACUACAUUUAUAUUUUUUGAUAUCAUUAUGUUGUACCGUAAUGAUAUUUGGUAAUUGAUAGGAGAACUUGUGGAUAUACAACAUUAAAUUAAGAUAAGAGCAAAAUAUGGAAUACAAUUUUUUCAUUUAAAGCUUAGUUCUCACUAGCACGCUUUAAUACCAAUUACCAAAAUUGUACGUAUUUUUAAAUUAUUGGAAUAUAUGAGGCUAGAGAAUGUUUUGGUAUGUCAGAGUAUGUUUCAGUUUGUAUAGAAAUAAUAUAUAUAUAUAUAGGUAUGUAUAUUUACAAUGCAAACGAAUUGAAAAAAUAAAGGAAAACAAUAAUGAACUCACUCGUGGAACAGUUAAAGAAAAUUAAAAUGAAAACAUAAAUCCAUCUGGCUUCCCUAAUUUAUGUGAUAAUUAAUAAUAAAAAAUGAAAAUUUCCUUUAUCUUUUCUAUAGGUAAUCAGAAUCCUAAUGGCACCAUUUAAACUGCUAUUAAUUAUUCAACUAUUACAAUUAAAUUACUACUAAUUAGUAAUUAGUGUAUGAAUAAUUAAUUAAUCUGUACACUCUCUGUAAAUUACAACUGAUGAAUGUUUUUACUAUACAUAUAUGUGCGUGUACAUGUGAGUCUGUGAAUAUAUAUAUAUAUACAU